AUGGGUAACCAGGUUCGAUCACCGGACGGCCUGGUCCGCAACAUCCAAGAAAGCGUGGUCGAAUUGGGCUGGCCGGGGUUCUUCGCGGUUCUUCUCUUCGUGUGCAUUUCCACUCGCAUCAUCACUGGCCUGCAAAGUGGAAAGGCUGAGAAUGAGCAACCACGCAGAGUCCGGCUGGUGCCGUACUGGUUUCCUUGGAUAGGCCACGGCUUUUCCUUUAUUUGGAACCAUGUUAGCCUUGUGGGUGGAGCCAGGGAUCGAAUGGCUGAGCCCGUGAUGGGCAUCUAUAUGGGCGGGAAAAAGCACGUCACUGUAACAUCGCCAUCUUUGGCCAGGUCUGUAAUGUCCUCGCGAAGUGCAGGCUCGACUGCCUUGGUCCACCACGCGCUAAAAGCCGUCUUUGGUGACCGAGGACCCCUGCGCAACCUGGACCCGGCCAACGCUGAAAAUUAUCACCAUGCCAUUCCCAAUACUUUCAAGCGGGAACCAUUCUUGUCGGAGGCGUCCGCGUCGCUUGUACGUGCGAUAGAACGCGAUUCUCCCAAGCUGGUGACCUUCUGCCACAGCGUGGUGGAUCAGGAACUCUGGGAGCGCAACAGUGAUCUGGAAGUCGUGGAUUCCAAGGGCAAGCAGGCUUGCGAGGUGAGCCUUUUUGCUCUGCUGAGGAACUUUGUGGGACAUGCCACUACGACUACUCUUAUGGGACAAGCUAUCUUGGAAGAAUUCCCUACCUUGUUAGACGAUGUCUGGAAACUGGAUGAUUGGUUUCCCAUCAUGGCGCUGGGGCUGCCCCGCUGGAUAGUGAUCCCGGGACUUCCUGCCGCGUAUGCAGCGCGUGACCGUCUUCUUGGGGCCCUUGCAGAGUUUCAGCAAGCCUUUAACCAUUGGGAUGACGGCGUAGACCCCGGCAUCAAAUUCCGAGAUCUUGACGAUGUAUGUGAACCGAUUAAGCAAAGAAUCCGGCUGUCCAAAAGCGCAGGACUUUCGCCGCAAUCUAGCGCCCCGGGUCAUUUGUCUUUACUCUGGGCCAUGAAUGGCAAUGCGCCUAACAUUGUCUUCUGGCAUAUUCUUCGCCUUUUCGCGGACCCAACCCUUCUGGCGGAUGUUAGGAAGGAGAUUGCCUCUUACGUGAAGGCCUCGAGGCCCACACCGGAAGAGACUGGGUUCCCCUUCCAGGAAGCCGCUAGGAUUUCCAUCGAUGCUGAUGGCUUGUUCAAGUCCUGUCAUUUACUAAAAGCUAGCUACUAUGAGACUUUGCGCCUGGACACGGCCAAUCUCUCAUUUCGAGAAUUCACUUCCGAUGUGACAAUUUCCGAAUCUGAGGCGGACGCCAAAAUCGCUGGCUCAGAGCAACCUCGGUCCUACCAGGUCAAGAAGGGAGCAAGCGUUGCCAUCUCUCACGGUGCCAUUCAUACCGAUCCGCGGUAUUUCUCGAAUCCAUCCCAGUUCGACCCACUCAGAUUCAUUCUGGCAGACCCCCAAACCGGAGCGAAGCAGGCAAGAUUGCAUACCAUCAACCCUUUCGGUCUUGGGCCGUCUGACUGCAAGGGAAGAGCCUUUGCAGAGAGAGAAGUCUUGUCUAUGACUUCUGCAGUUAUCUCUUUGUGGGACAUUGAAUCGGUAAAUGGAGAAGACCUUAGUCUGCCGGCUCAUAGAUUGUCCACCGGCGUCUACUUGCCUAAGAAAGACAUCAGGGUGCGGGUUUCCGCGCGUGUUUGA